GUAGUGCUAAUGGUGAUGGUCAUGAUGGUAAUGGUGGUGGUGGUGUUGGCAGUGGCAACGUAGGUAGUAAUGGUAGUGGUGAGAGAUGCGGUGAUUCUGGUGGCGGUGCUGGUUGUGGUAACAGGGAUAUCCCAAAGCCUCCCAGCCAUGAGACAAUCACGCCGAGGGAAUUGUCACAGGAUUUUCCAGAAGAUGAACUCAGCCCAGACAUCCUGGAUGCGUUCCUGCAGGAGAGCUUCACUGUGGAGGAAAAUCCUUGUGAGGAGAAGGCGAAGGCCCUGCAAGCAUCGCCACGGCCAGAGCGCCGGCGCCGCGGAGGGGAGAUGCUGUGUGAGGGAGCGUACAACCGCUACCGCGUGGUGGCGCUGCGCGACCUUCCGCUCGGGGCCUGGCGCAGCGAGAGGCACCUGAGCCUCACCGCCAAUCCCUCCGGGGGCGCCAGCCUCACCUGCGUCCUCAAAGACGACUGGGCGCUGGCUCCAGUAAGCGUGGGGGACGUGCUGCACCUUGACGGCGCUGUGGAGGUGCCACUAAGGGGUGGGGAGGAGGCAACCUGCGCCAGCGUGACGGCGGCGGUGCUGGAGGUGACGAACGACGCCGGCUUUGUGGUCGUGAACCCUGACCUCCUGCUGUCGGGCACCACCGUCACCAACGGCAUCCGCUGCCCUCGCCGCGCCGUGCUGUCGGAGCGCUUCAAGGGCGGCGGAGAGUGGGGCACGCGGCAGAUGCUGCUGGGCACACUGUUGCACGAGGUGUUCCAGAGAGCCGCGCUGCAGCGAGACUUCUCGGAUGCUGCGCUGAGGAGUGCCGCCUCCGCCACCCUCGCGCAGCUCCAGCACCUCGCUGAGAUGUACAAGUUGGGCGUGUCGCAGGCAGAGCUGCUGGGGGAGAUGGAGGAGUACUUCUCGGCCAUUGGCCGCUGGGCGAGUCGGUACCUGGAAGGGGGCCCGGAGCCCAACUCGGCCUCGCAUGGCCUUCGCAUGCCGAUCAAGAUGGCCGGAGAGGGCGAUGCCAGCGCGUGCACGGUGUCCGUGUGCCACCUCGGGGACGUGGAGGAGAGCGUCUGGUCCCCGCGUUUCGGCCUCAAGGGCAAGGUGGACGCCAUGGCGACUGUGCGCAUCCACCGCCGGGCGCGUUGCGACGGCAAAAACAGGGCCGCCGCCGGCGCCCUCCCCGGAAAGGUCCACGGGUGGGGAAACGAGGAAAUUGUCCGCACGGUGCCGCUGGAGCUGAAGACGGGAAAGGAAAGCCAAUCCAUCGAGCACAAGGCGCAGGUGGUGCUGUACACGCUCUUGACGCAGGAGCGCUGGGGCGACCCCGGCCUCGGGUUCCUCCUCUACCUCAAGUCGGGCGGCAUGCACCCCGUGCCGGCCUCCCGUUUGGACAUGCGUGAGCUGAUCAAGUUGCGCAACCAGCUGGCGCACAGCCUGGCCAACGGCGUGUGGUGGCCGCCCAGGACUGCUGCCGACGGCGCUGGCGCCGGAGGGAGAAGGAAGGAGGAAGAAGAAGAUCGCCAAGAGCCACGGCCGGCGCCGCUGCCGGAGCCAAUCGCCGAGAUUUUCACCUGCCGCAACUGCUCCCAGCUGGGCAACUGUGCCGUCUACCACAGGGCGGUGGAAGAGGAGGCGCGUGGAUCGAGCGACGUCCCGGCCUCCUCCUCGUGGCCCGUCGAGUUCGUGUCGCUGCUGGCCGAGCGGACGCAGCACCUGUCCCCCGCUCACCUGCGCUACUUCUCGCGCUGGUACUUGCUGUGCCUGCUGGAGGCGCAGACCGAGCAGUGCAAGGGCGGCCGUCACAACCUGUGGGUUCUGCCACCGCACGAGAGGCAGGCGAAGGGUCUCUGCGUCUGUGAUUUGACGCUGCUGGGCCCGGCCGUGGCCACACCAGACGGGCGCUUCUUCAUCCAGCGUUUCCGGCGCCGGGGACCGCAGGGAGGAUGGGGGGCAGCAGGGCUCACGCCGGACCUGGAGGGUCAGGGGUCGGCCCCCCAAGGCUGCGUCGCCGUAGGCGAUCGAGUGAUCGUGAGCGGCAAAGACCCCGCCACCAUAGCCAUCGCCACGGCCACAGUGUUGUCCGUCACCAACGAAGAGGUUCAGUGCCAAGUUGACCGGGACCUGGGGAGGUUCGGAGCGGCCUUCUUAUUCAGUCUGGACGUGGACGAGAGCUUCUCGGGUUCUGUGGACACUCACCUGGGGAACCUUUCUCGCCUGCUGAGUAACACCCCCGCCAGUGCCAAGCUGCGGGAGCUCGUCAUUGAUCUGAAAAGGCCCGAGUUUUUGGAGCGACUGAGCGACGUUCUACCGGUUGACGCCAAGGAUACGGUGGCGCAGAUCCUGAAGGGCCUCAACCGGCCCCAGAGGCAGGCGAUGAAGCGAGUGCUGCUGUCUCGGGAUUACACGCUCAUUGUCGGCAUGCCUGGCACGGGGAAAACCACCACCAUAUGCACGCUGGUGCGCAUCCUGCACGCGUGCGGCCACAGCGUGCUGCUCACGAGCUACACGCACUCGGCCGUCGACAACAUCCUGCUCAAGCUCGUGCCGCACCGCGUGCCCUUCCUGCGGCUGGGCCGGCCGGCCAAGGUUCACGCCGGCGUGCACGCUUUCACCGAGGAGGAGCUGUGCCGGCAGCACGACGUGCGCACCCCCGAGCAGCUCCAGCAGCUCUACGAGGGACAGCGUGUGGUGGCCACCACGUGCAUGGGCCUGCGCCACCCGAUCUUCUCGCGCCGCGUCUUCGACUUCUGCAUUGUGGACGAGGCGUCGCAGAUCGGGCAGCCCGUGUGCCUGGGCCUGCUGCUGCACGCGUCGCGCUUCGUGCUCGUCGGAGACCACCACCAGCUGCCACCGCUCGUGCUCAACUCCCGCGCCAGGGCCAUGGGCAUGGACGAGUCUCUCUUCAAGCGUCUGGAGUGCCACGCGGAGGCUGUGGUCUAUCUCAACCUGCAAUACCGCAUGAACAGUGAGAUCAUGUCCCUGAGCAACGUGCUGACGUACGGAGGGCUGCUGGCGUGUGGCUCGGAACGCGUGUCCACGUGCCGCCUCUCCCUGCCGGGGCUCCCCGCCUUCCUGGACGGAAUGGGCGGCGGCAACCACCCGUGGCUGACACAAGCCUUGGACCCCGACCGCCCGGUUCUCUUCCUGAACACAGAGAAGGUCCCGGCUGAGGAGAUGGUGGACCAGGGUGGUGUGAAGAACCCAACGGAGGCUCAGCUAAUCGCCAUCAUCGCUGUGUCUCUCAUCAAGGCCGGCUGCCGCACGAAGGACGUGGGGAUCAUCUCUCCGUACCGGCAGCAGCUGGGGGCGGUGUCGGCGGCGCUGGCGGCCCUGCCGUGUCCGGCGGCGGCACUCGCUGGGUUGGAGAUCAACACGGUGGACAAGUACCAGGGCCGUGACAAACCCGUCAUCAUCGUGGGCUUCGUGCGGACCUGCGCAACGGCCGGCAUCGUGCGUCGACAGCUGGGGGAGCUGCUGAAGGACCGACGUCGGCUGAACGUCGCCGUCACGAGGGCCAAGCACAAGCUCCUGCUCCUCGGCUGCCUCCCCACGCUGAAGCUGUACACGCCGCUCGCCGCGCUCAUCGACCACAUGGCCACGCAGGGAAUGAUUCUGGAUCUGCCACCGGGAGCUCACGAAAUGAAGAUUCCGGACCUCGGCUGACGGCGAUCGCCGUCCCCGCCGCUGGACCACAUCUCAUCACGGCUCCUCCACGCCGGUCGGCAUCGCUACCACCAGCAGACAACUCCUGGCUUUACAAUGACCUGCACUGCGAGCUAAACCUACAUCCCUUGACCUUAGUCUCAGAAUCGGAAUCUCUAUUUAGAUUGGAGUAAUCCAAUGAAGCUCUUUUUCACAGACGUCCAGUACGGUCAGAGGGUCAGCAAGUCACAAUCUAAAACUGCAACCCCUAAACCAACGCUUAACUCCCGCCUUGCCUCUGGACUCACACCGUCCCUAAUCCUAAUUCCAUAACAAAUAAAUCCAAACGCAACCUGAUGCCAGACUCACCUUGAACCCCAAAUUAACAUCCAUUUAACCACCUGAGCCUAAACUCCAGUCUCAGCACCCAACCGCAUUCCUAACUUAAAACCUUGCCUACCCACCCCCCGACUUAUGAACCCCAUUCCAACUCCUUCCUAAUUUCCCUUGCCGAGCCUUCAUCUUAAUCCCCCAGCACCGCCCGGUGGCUGUGGCUUCCA